UCCCUUUGGCCAUCGCAUCACCCCGCGGAGGUAUUACCAAGAGACCUGCCAGUCGCGCUGCUGCUGAACCUGCCGGUGAAUUGUGGUGAGUGGCGGCAGGGACCCCUCCAGCCCAUUCAGUGAAUGCCACUAGGUAACUAACCACCCACAUGCGGGAUACAUUAUUAGCCAAGUUGGCCCUCUCCAGUGUGCCCCAGAAAAUCAUCUACCAGCCCGAUUGAACCGGAUGUCAACUGCUUGCGCGCCCUGUCUUACUAACCCCCAAAGCCACCUGUCGAGCCGAAGCUGCAGGAUCCCAAACUCUAAUACAACUCAUCAUGCAAGGCUGAGCCCAUCUCUCGACCUCCCACUUCCAUCAUCCUCGGUCUGGAGGAAGACCCAUCCAGGAACCUAUCCAGGUUAAUUCACCCCCUCCAUCACUAGGAGCUACUGGAAAUGGUCCAAUCAGCAAGGCCAGCCCUAUGUUCGAGAGCGCUGUGUACAUGGUGCUCUGUCAUACUUUGCUUCGGUCUACUGGGCCUGUUGUACAUGAGACUGCUGAAAGACGAUUUCACUCUAAUCCUUAAUCGAGUCGAGAAAUAUCCAGCUAAGCACCGACCGAAUGCACUGGUUCUGGCCAAAACCCGCUCGGAAGAUGUUUCCUGGGCAUACACCCUCGAGCCCCACUGGAAACCCUUCAUCUACACGUCCGAUCAAGAGCCCGGGUACUAUGCCAUCCCGGCAAACAAGGCCGGCGAGGGUAUGGCGUACCUGACGCACAUCAUCGACUUCUACGACCGUCUGGCAGAUGUCACGGCAUUCAUGCAUGCUUCCGCCACCCAGUGGCAUAAUGAUGUCGGCGACAUGGUGUCAUCGUCCCUGCUUCUAAAACUCAGCCUGGAUGCAGUGAAACGGGCUGGAUAUGCGAACCUCCGCUGUCAGCACCGCCCCGGGUGUCCGGUGGCUGUGCGCCCGUUCGAUCCUGCUAUGGCUUCAAACCAUAACGUUGUGUAUCGCAACUUCACUUCGAUCUAUAUGGAUCUAUUUGCCGUGCCACGUGAGCAAGUGCCCACCGAGGUCGGCGGGGUCUGCUGUGGCCAAUUCGUGGUCACGAGGGACCGGAUCCGAGGACGGCCAAGAGAAGAUUAUGUGCGAUUGCGCGACUGGGCUCUAGCAACUGAUAUGGACUCAUUUGCUGCAGGGUCUGUGUUUGAGAUGUUGUGGCAUAUUAUCUUUCUCGAGCAACCCAUCUCGUGUCCUGAUGCCCAGCAGUGUUAUUGUGAGCUUUAUAAUUUAUGUCCCGAUAAUAAUGACCACACUUGAACCAUUAAUCUUAUUUCACU